ACGGGAGUUGUGACCGGAGUCUCUCUCAACCCUUGCUGCUGCUUAUUUUUCUCUCUGGUACACGAUGUCUUCAACUGAAGCUACUUCCGCUUCUCCAAUUCUAAGAAACCAGGUGGAUUUAGUUGAUUUCAUAGACUGGACGGGAGUUGAAUGUCUAAAUCAAAACACCACUCACCCUUACCCUAAUGCUCUCAAACAGGGUUAUAGAGAAGAUGAGGGUCUCAAUCUAGAGAGUGAUGCAGAUGAGCAACUUCUAAUUUACAUACCAUUCACCCAAGUUAUCAAAUUGCAUUCUAUUGUCAUUACAGGACCCAACGAUGAAGGUCCUCAAACCGUGAAGCUUUAUACAAACAAGGAACAUAUGGGAUUUAGUAAUGUUAGUGACUAUCCUCCUAGUGACACACUAUCUUUAUCUCUUGAAAAUCUCAAGGGGAAGCCUGUUGUCUUGAAGUAUGUUAAGUUUCAAAAUGUUCGCAGCUUGACAAUAUUUAUUGAGGAUAAUCACUCUGGUUCUGAUAUGACAAAAGUUCAAAAGAUUAUUCUGCAUGGAAUGACAGUGGAAACAACGGACAUGAAGGGGUUGAAAAAGAUCGAGGAUCACUGAUUUAGGAGAUGCUGGAUAUGUACUUUCAUUUCAAAUCUUUGAACUUGUACUUUUUAUAGACUGUCCGACUUGUUUUGCUUUAAUAAUACAAUUGACUCUAUAGGUAUGGAUUUGUCAUUAAUACAGAUAUAGAAUGUUGUCGUGUCUUUCAUUGGAUAUCACAAGCUCAUGCACAUUCUAUUGUUGCAUUGUUGUAACAAAAAAUGUUCUUUGUUGAUGAUUAUGGGUGGCUUUUUUGGCAA